CUGUUCAUCACGUAUUCGCAAUGCUGGGAUCCUGGUUCAGAAAUCCAUCGCAGGAAAGUAAUUUGUUUGAUGAACCUCCGCCGCCGAUAGAAGUUCCCCCAGGCCCAGUACGUUCCUUGACCUCAAAAUUACACACACCACAUGAUGCCAUUCUCGCUGACAUUCAUGGGGAAUAUGUCGAGCAAGCUGAAGCAGCUGCAAAAAGCAAUUAUUUCAAUGUACCAUCGAGACACACAGAAUCUCUUCGUGACCCAUAUGAUGGAUCUGUAGUUGGCCAGGUCGUACCUGCUGAUCCACCGUUUCAUCUUGACAUGCGAAUCCCAUACUAUGAUCCCAAAACGGACGAACUGCUAUGGUCGCAUUUGUCCAAGGUGUUGGAACUACAAAGUGAGAUAGCUGCGCUGCAUCUCGGGAUGGAGGUUAUUGGGACGAAGCAGGGAAACCAAGGAAAGGGGAAAAGCAGAGCAAACAAAGAUGCUACGUGGGAGGGAAAGGAAGACAAGGAGAAGAAUGAUGUUGAUGAUGCAGCAGAGGUUGGAGAGUACGAACGUGUUGAUGUCAGCCCAGAGGCCGACGAGGAGAAGCAAAACAGAGAGCGAGCAGCAGAAUUCGCCAAACUUUCUCAUCAGUUCGAAGGCAGAAAAGAGGGAAUCUUGGAAGUCAUGAACAAACUUGAUGAUCUUUCCAAGGCUCUCACUGACUUUCAUGCCCUUCAAGAGCCCAAAAUCGACUUCCCUUUACCUCGCAACAGUGCGUCGUCGUCAGGUACCUCGUCCAGCUCCAUGGACAAAGAGAGAAUUACACCAACAACAAGCUUGUCGACAAUCGUGCCCCCUUCUACUCCCACACGCGCGAUUCCGCGCGAUUCUAAUCUCAUUGUCAACCCUCUUGAACCAGGCUCGCAGUCGCACUUUAUAGACAACCCAGAUUCACUUUCCGAACAUAAUUUUGGAUCAUAAUUAGAAUUGGCCACCUUCCACAAUUAAACAUGCCCUAUCAUUUCCUACCAUCUAUGGCUGUGCACCUGUCGGCAUCGAGGUUGGAAACUAAGAACAUUUCGGGCAAUUCUCUAUCUCGUAGCCGCUAUACGGAUGAAUCGGAGACCUGAGGAUUAGGGAUUGACGAGAACAAGAAGUAUAUUUCUCAGUGUCACUCUCACCUGAGAGUAAUAGAGUGGAGACGCGAAAUACAGUACAAAAGGGUUCAGUUUUAUAGACGAGUUUUGGGUAAUGUUACUACUACCCGUUAUAUCCUAACCGCAUGGAUUGUGCUCUUUCAGAAACAACUAAG